AUGGCAGUAAAACUGGUUUCAGGCCUGAACGGGAUAGCUCACCAGACUGAGGGCGGAGCAUUGUGGAUGCUGGAUAAGCAUGGAGGGAAGUUAGAAAACUAUCAGAGCUCCAGAAAGGUAUCCAAGGUGUACUGGCAGGAGAACAAUAUGAGAACAGCCCCACCAAGGCUGGAGACGGUGCAAUACCGGAAGAGCAUAUGGGAGAAAGAUGUAACCUAUAACAACAAUGCUCAGUGGCUAGCCGAGCCCCAGCAACCUCCCCAAACAGGAUACAGUAUCACAGUGGCAAACAUCCCAGACAGAACAGACAGAUUCUUCCACUGGUAUAAGCAGUCUCUUGGGAAAAUGGUUCAAACAGUAGCUACAGUAGUUUAUAAGAAGAUAGAGCUCAUCAGUCCAUUUAAUCAUACACGUUUCCAUGUCCAUAAAUCAAAUGAUCAGUGUUUUCUUACGAUCAAUCACAUAAACAAAGAGGAUGAAGCAACAUACUUUUGUCAAACUGGAUCCGAGUUUUUACAACAUUUCGUUAGAGGAUUCUUCUUGGCUGUAAAUGAUUAUAAUCACCAGACAUCUGUUUAUGUGACACAAACUCCAAAGUCAUCAUCGGUCCAACUGGGAAACACGGUCACCCUCCAGUGUUCAUUUCUCACCAAGAACAAAGAAAGCAGUGCUCAGUGUCCCAGUGACCGCAGUGUGCACUGGUUCAAAAGUGGAUCAGGAGAAAACCAUCCAAGUAUCAUUUAUAGAAAUUUCACUCAUAGUAACAGCAUGGAUGAUACAGAGAGACGCUGCAUCUACCAUCUGUCCAAAACCAUACAGAACCUCUCUGAUACUGGGACUUACUACUGUGCUGUCGCCACAUGUGGAGUGCUACUGUUUGGUGAAGGAUCUAAAGUGGACACAAGUAAGUAUGUACAGUCUCUAAUAUCCUGA